CGAGGCGAAGUCCGAAAGAAAUGUUUAUCUCGUAGUUUAUUCUGAUACAAAAUAAUUUGUUUUUAAAUGGCUUAGUUUCGGUAAGUUUUAACCCGUCGUUUAUAGUGUGGGGGGAACAAUGAAAGACAUACACCUGCCAUCCAAUUCAUGUAUCAAUGGUUCAGUAAUAAGGAUCUUCUGUCCCACGUCCGCCUCUGUUUGUGUGUUUGACACGGGUGUUGACAACACGUCUUUUAGUGUAGACAACUCCAAUAUAAACUCUACAGUCAACACAGCAGCUCUCACCAUCGACAAAUGGAGCAAUUACAAUUUCUGGAUGGGCUUGUCGCUGGCCGUGCUCUCAGCUUUCCUCAUAGGAGGAAGCAUUAUCCUGAAGAAGAAGGCGUUGCUGCGUUUGGCCAGUAUUGGGGAAACAAGAGCAGCUGAGGGAGGUCAUGGGUACCUUAAGGACUGGCUGUGGUGGGGAGGCCUUUUGACAAUGGGUGGAGGUGAAGCGGCAAACUUCACAGCAUACAUGUUUGCUCCAGCCACAGUGGUGACCCCUUUAGGAGCUCUCAGUGUUCUUAUCAGUGCAGUUCUGUCCUCCCACUUGUUCGGAGAAACAAUGAAUCUGCUAGGAAAACUUGGCUGCAUGCUCAGCAUACUGGGAAGCACUAUAAUGGUUAUACAUGCACCUGAAGAGGAAGAGGUGAUGACGCUUACAGAAAUGACAGAGAAACUGCUGGAUCCUGGUUUUCUGGUGUUUGCCAGCAUUCUGCUGGUUGCUUGUAUGGUCCUGAUCUUCUACGUCUCUCCUCGCUUCGGUCAAACUAACAUAUUAGUCUACAUCAGCAUCUGCUCUCUGCUUGGAUCGUUCACUGUGUCCUCGGUCAAGGGCCUCGGCAUUGCUAUCCGCACCAUGUUCUUUGACCUUUCAGUGGUCCAUCACCCUCUCACCUGGAUUCUUUUGCUGACCUUAAUCGGAUCCAUCAUCAUCCAGGUCAACUAUCUGAAUAAGUCGCUGGACACCUUCAAUACGCUCUUGGUGUAUCCCAUCUACUAUGUCUUCUUCACCACCGUUGUCCUGAGCACCUCUGUGAUUCUCUUUAAAGAAUGGGGAGCCAUGUCAGGAGUGGAUGUGGUGGGCACCAUCGGGGGCUUCUUGGUGAUUGUGAUCGGGGUGAGCAUGUUACACCUCUUCAAAGACUUGAACGUGUGUUUUGAAGAUCUAAGAAGCAACCUUUGUCAGCCACAGAGCCCGUCGAAGAGGGAGGACAAGCACAUCCUCAUAGAGAACAUAGAGAGCCUGCCGCCUAUGAGAGAGGAAGGGCCCAGAGUCUUCAUCAUCAGCUGAGAUUGUAUCAGAUCUCAGCUAGUUUGAAUAUACAGUUUAGUAAUAUCCUCACUUAUUGAUCUUAAUUGAUGAUUUCCUCUGCUGAAGGCUGCUGUACUAUGACGCAGUGAUUUGGAUUGGCUGCUGCUGAGUAUGGUGAUGACGCAGAUUAUUAUUAUUUUUUUUUUUUUUAUUAUUUUGCUGUUACUCAAAUUUGUGACUUGAAUCAACUUUUAGCAACCUUGGAAAUGUUUAAAGACUGAAACAGCAUGAAACAGAGCAUGAUGCAGCAGAACUUCAAAUCUUGCUGAAAACUGCCAGUGAAGCACCUAAUAUACAAAAUAUUUUUUUUCUCUUGAACGGAACUGUGUGGGUUAUAUUUCCAGAGAAAUAUCUUGAAAUAGACCAGUGAAUCUAAAAUAUUUGCAUAAAUUUUGAAUGGAAAAUAAAAAAAUAUAUAUAUUUCAAAACAUUUGUUUUUCACAUACUAUUAAGACAAUU